GUGACAUCCACGCACGUAGUGAGGUGACUGUUGUUAUUACUAGCUGGCUGUCAGGGGGAAUAACGCGGCUGUUUCGGCUCAAUCAUCGUGGAAUCCCGGGUUUGUGGAGUGUCGCCUGCUCGGUAGAGUUACUUCCAGGGUCAGGGUUUCUUCCCCUGGUUCGUUUUUGGCGCGUUUGUCGCCAUGUUAUCUUCCGUUCCUACCAGGCUAAUUGCACGAAGGUCGCGCAGCCUGUCCCCGUGUAGCCGCGUCUUUCAGACCAGUACGGGCGAUGCCGCGUCCAAGGGCAUCCGCGAAACGGCGGCGGAGACCGGCCGGAACCCCAUCGUGUCCACGUCCCGGGUCUCCAGACGGGGGAUUUUGGCUGAGGAGACCGCAGCUGCCAGUGUGAACCCAUCGGUGCAGUACCACCAUCUCGCCCCCAGGUGGCUGUCUAACCUGGAGAACCGCCGCAGCUCCUGGGCGGCCCUGGCCAGCAGGGGGCGCAACAACAACCAGUACUGGGAGGAGAGCGGGCAGCACAGCGGAGGGGAGAACCGGGGAGCAGGUGGGAGAGCCAGCCGGGCUGGGGUGGCCUCUGCCGGCGUGCUGUCUGCUGCAGCAGUGGCCUUCUGUCUGAAGAAAGACUUUGAUACUAAAGGAGAUGCUCUUUUGGAGGCAGCAAGGACCAACAACUCCCAAGAUGUGGCAAGGUUGCUGGAGGAGGGGGUCGACCCAAACCACCGCCACCGUCUUGGUUGGACCGCUCUCAUGGUGGCCGCCAUGAACCGACAGCACAGUGUGAUUAAGGUCCUGCUGGACGCCGGCGCCGAUCCAAAUGCCGGAGACGAGUUCAACAACGUCUACGACACCUCGCGGGAGAAAGGCAUCCACUCACUGGAAGUCCUCGUGUCCAGAGAGGACGAAUUCAGCAGCAGGCUCAGCAGCAGGGCGGGUUUCCGUGGCUGCUCGGCGCUGCACUACGCCACGCUGGCGGACGACCCGCGAUCAGUCCGCAUGCUGCUGGAGGCCGGAGCCAACCCCAUGCAGACCAACGGUUUCGGACACACGGCGCGGGCCUACGCCAAGGAGGGGGAAGUGAGCAAAGUGCUGCUGGAGUGGGAGGGGAAGUUCCAGGAGGCUCAGGCUCGGCGAGAGGCGGAGGAGAGGAGGAAAUUCCCCCUGGAGAGGAGGCUGAAGGAGCACAUCAUUGGACAGGAAGGAGCCAUUAACACGGUGGCUUCAGCCAUCCGGAGGAAAGAGAACGGCUGGUACGACGAAGAGCACCCUCUGGUCUUCCUCUUCCUCGGCUCUUCGGGCAUCGGGAAGACAGAGUUGGCCAAACAGGUGGCGCGCUACAUGCACAAGGACGUCAAAAAGGGUUUCAUCCGAAUGGACAUGUCCGAGUUCCAGGAAAAGCACGAGGUUGCCAAAUUCAUCGGCUCCCCACCGGGAUACGUCGGGCACGAGGAAGGCGGGCAGCUGACCAAGCUGUUGAGGGCGUGUCCCAACGCAGUGGUGCUGUUUGAUGAGGUGGACAAGGCCCACCCCGACGUUCUCACCAUCAUGCUGCAGCUCUUCGACGAGGGCCGUCUGACGGACGGGAAGGGGAAAACCAUCGAGUGUAAAGACGCCAUCUUCAUCAUGACGUCCAACGUGGCGAGCGAUGAGAUCGCCGAGCAUGGGAUGCAGCUGCGGCAGGAAGCCGAGGAGGUCAGCCGCAGGAAGCUGGCCGACAACCUCGAGGAUGUUCAGAAGAGUGGUGACGUCAAGAUCUCUCGACAGUUUAAAGACAACGUGAUUCGCCCCAUCUUGAAGGCUCAUUUCCGGAGGGACGAGUUUCUCGGACGGAUCAAUGAGAUUGUGUACUUCCUGCCUUUCUGCCACUCAGAGCUGCUGCAGCUGGUCAGCAAAGAGCUCAGCUUCUGGGCCAAAAAGGCGAAGCAGCGCCAUGACAUCACCCUUCAGUGGGACCGCCCCGUGCUGGACCUGUUGGCGGGCGGAUACAACAUGCACUACGGCGCGCGGUCCAUCAAACAUGAGGUGGAGCGGCGGGUCGUCAACCAGCUCGCCGCGGCGUACGAGCAGGAGCUGCUCCCCAAGGGCUGCACCCUGCGCCUGUCCGUCCAGUCGGAGGACCCGACGGAGCACAGCGCGCCCAAUCUGCGCCUGGAGGUGGUCGGGGAGGACCGGUCCUCCCGGACGCUGGACAUCCGCCCUCCGCUCAGCCCCGAGCACUGACGAGGGGCGGCGGCGGCGGCGCAGUCGGUAUUCACACCCGUAUCAUCACCGGCGUCAGGACCUCGGACAGCUCACCAUCCAUAUGUCCAAUGAAAUAACACCUCUGAUAAGCUCAACAUCACUGCCUCUAUAAUUCAGUUCUCACAGCUUGGUCACAGACCAACGCUUCCUCGUGACUCGUCUGUGUUCGUAAAGACGAUUCGGCGUCUUGACGACCGCCGGCUCUCGCACCAUCCGCUAACUGAAGCCGUUGUAGUAGCGAUGUAGAGUUAAAGCUGCUGAUCAGUUCAUCUGUUACACGGUGAUGAUAAUUCAGUGUUUUCUUCAUAAAGCCAAUAUAUUUAAUAUUUAUUGAGCGAUUCUAUUAAGAUGAAUGCAGAUGAAAGGUGCUGUGCUCGAAUUUGAACGAUGAAUGUCAGAUUUGAAGGUGAUUAACUCUCCGCUGUCCUACACAGUUUAAUUCACUUCAACACAAAGCCAUUGACGGUGAAAAAGUUGUCGAUCUUAACUUCAUUUAACAUAUCUGUCACUCAGUAUUGGCAACCAUCUUGAAAAAGGACAGUAAAAUAUUAAGUAUUAGUCUUAAAAAGGCAGCAUUAAAUGCAUGCAAUACCACCCGUGUCCAUUAGGUGACAGUAGUGAGUCACUGUCUUCAGUCCAGCCUCUGAAUUUUUUGGCACUUUAUUUUCUACUUCAUGAUUUGUUGAUUAUUAUUCAGUCUGAAUAUAUAUAACCUGAGAUUAUAUUCUGGAUUUACAGCCCCGGACAGGCUGAAGCCGGCUUGUUAGCUUCAGAAUCCAAAUCUGAGCGUCAGAGUGCAAUUUGUGAGGAAAGCCAGCUUGGAGGGGAGGGCCGUGGCUUAUUUUGCUUAUUUUUUGAGAAACAUUUAUCUAAAAAAAAAGAAAUUCAACAGUUUGAAACUGACAUGUCGAAUCACUAAUAAACCCAUGUCUGUAACAGGUUCCUGUGGCUCUGCAGUCCUUCCUGGAUCCCAGCAGCUGCCAGUUAAACCUUUUAUUGAAAAUACAGAAAGUCCAGCAUUAAGCCCAUAAUUUAACAUGAAUGAAAGUUUGUGUGCCGUGAUCUUUCAAUAUUGUGAAACUAAAUCUUGCUGUGCACAGGGAUUCAUUUUAUUUUUUUAAACAAGACCCUUAUUUCCUCUCAGGUCUGAGAAUAUGUAAACCGUCCCUCCCCGGCAAGUCGCACUCUGGUAACGCAAAUAUCAAUGAAAUGACUACAUGUUGGUAAUAAUUAGGUAGUGUUUUGGGGGCUUUUUUUGUGAACUAACUGUGAAAACAUCAAGCUAACAUAACCACUGCUAACCAAAGAUAUCCCAGACGUCCCAUUGCACAUAUCGCUCAUGUAGACUCACCAGCAGAGCUGCUCUGAUCAAUACAUGUAAACAUGAGCUCCUGAUUAAUUCUGCUUGAGUAAAUACAGUGAAAGUAGAGGAAUCACAAGCUGAGGUUUGACUGAUGGUUGAUAGAAGAGUCUCGUCAAGGCCCUGUUAUCGGUAGAGACGGCCCGCUGCUGCUCGCCGUGACAUUAAGAGAAGUCUCAACCCAUCAAGGAAAAAUCAUUAAAAACCCGUCAUUCAAAGCGUUGCGUCAUAAACGUCGGAACGGCGUGUCGACGAGACGCCCGAUGUAAUCGAGCGACGCCUCUCAUUCUUGUGUCUCAGCUGCUUCCCUGUAAAUAAAGUCACCGCCACAAAAAGGGA